AUGUAAAAAUAAAUCAAAAACUACACAAUUUAAUAGCAAAUAGGCAGAGGAGCUAAUGGAGUUGUAUAUCUUGCAAUUAAAGAUGAAGAUAAAUGCGAAUAUGCUUUUAAGUUAUUAGAAGAUGAAAUCUCUGAAAAAGAAUAAGAGAUAAUGGAGUAUAUUUAUUCAAAAUAUUAUUAAGACAAAUAAGCAAAUACGAACUCAAUAAUAUAGUUCGAACCUACGAAAAAUUUAAUUACUAAGGUGAUUUUAUAGAUUAUUCUUGUAUUAUUAUGGAUUAUUGUAAUAAUGGAGAUCUUGCAAGUUUUCUAAAAUAACAAAGAAAAAAUUUAAAAAUAGAUUAGAUAAAAGAUAUGAUUUUUUAAGUAUUUUUUUAAUAAUAAAGAUUGCUUUUGGUAUUUGGGAGCUUUAGUAAUUUAAUAUAAUUCACAGAGAUCUAAAACCAUAAAAUAUAUUGAUUCAUAUUGAAAAAAAUUAACACUUGGUGAAGAUAUGUGAUUUAGGUCUUUCGAAAAUAUCAAAAAAGAAUGUUAUGCAUACGAUAAAUAUAGGCACACCUUGUUACAUGGCUCCAGAAUUAAUCUAAUCUAAUGAAUCUAAAAACUACGAUACUUCAGUUGAUAUUUGGGCAUUUGGUGUAAUAAUAUUUGAUUUUUUCUCGGAAAUAUAAUUAUUUUAUGGAUUAAAAAUAAAGAACAUUUUUGAAUAGAUUUUAAACCCCUAAAUUUAGGAAAAAUUAAAUUUAAAUAUUAAGGAUGACAACAUCAAAAAAAUUUGUGAAAAAUGUUUAAACAUUAAUCCAUUGGAAAGGCCAAAAAUAGAGUAAAUACUCGUAAGUUUAGAUAGCAAAAAAUUCAAAGAGAAAAAGUAAAAGUUUUUAAACUAAAAAUAAAAUUUUGGAGAAAUUUCAAUGGAAUCUCAAGUAGGAUAAAUGGAGACUAAUCAUAAAUGUAAAAACAUAUUUUGAAUUUAGAAACCCUAGAAAAUCCCUUAGAAUCAUAGAAUAGUCAACAAAUCGAUGAGUUUACUUAAGAAUAGAAUCCGAAAUAGAAGUCCUAAUAAAUUGAAAUCAAACCUGAUAAUGUAAAUCAAUAAGAUUAAAGUUUUCAUAUAAUUCAAUAGAAUUAGAUAUAAAACCAUCAUGAAUAAUUGCUGGAUUUAUCAAAUUUAAGUUCGCAUCAUAAAUAUAUAGAUAUUUUAAUUUAAAAAAAAGUUAGAAUAUUAACUAGAAUAAAAGAUAAGUAAUUUGCCAAUAAAUUGAUUUAAAUGUUUAACUAAUAAAAAGGUUAAGAUGAAAUUUUUUAAGAAUUAAAAAACAAAGCUGAUUAACUCAUUACGAACUCAAAUGAUUGUUUUUGA